CUGUUGAGGAGAGAGAACAAGUGGGUAUGGGAUGAGGCACAAGAACAAGCAUUUAUCGCUGUUAAAAACAUGCUUGUGUCAGCCCCAGCUCUUGCAUAUUAUGAUGCAAACAGGAAAACCGUCAUCAGUGCUGACGCGAGCAGCUACGGAUUAGGAGCAGCACUACUGCAAGAACACGAAGACGGUUUAAAGCCAGUGGCAUUCUGCUCCCGCACGCUGUCUGAUACUGAGAGGAGAUACUCUCAAAUCGAGAAAGAGUGUUUGGCAGGGGUGUGGGCAUGUGAACGAUUUGCACGCUAUGUUCAGGGAAUGGACAGUUUCCGUCUACAAACAGAUCACAAACCACUUGUGCCGCUGAUAAACACAUACGACCUGGAUAAGGCCCCUCCGAGAUGUCAGAGACUCCUGAUGCGCCUUUUAAAGUUCAACGUGGUAGCAGAACACGUCCCUGGGAAGCAGCUGGUUGUGGCUGACACACUAUCCAGGAGGCCGCAAAGACAUGUGAGUGAUGAGACCACAGAGCACGAAGUACAAACACAUGUGGCGUCUAUAAUUGCUAAUGCACCAGUCUCAUCUCAAAGACUCAACAAGAUCCGUGAGGCUACACAGCAUGACGACGAACUGCAACGGAUUACAAGUUUCAUCAGGAACCAAUGGCCACCCAGAUCAGCGCUGACUCCAUCUCUGCAGCGUUAUCAUUCAGCGAAAGCACAUCUCUCGGAAACUGACGGAUUGGUGUUAUAUCAGGAUUGGCUGGUCAUUCCUGCUGCACAACGAGCGGAGAUGUUGUCAGAUCUGCAUAAAGGACACCAAGGACUCACGCGAUGCCGAGCACGCGCAAAGAUGGCAGUCUGGUGGCCGGGCAUCAGUGCCGAGAUUAAACAGACAGUGUCAUCAUGCAAAUUUUGCAUUGAAAACAAACCUACUCAGAGGCAUGAACCUCUCCUGACCACACCCUUACCAGGGGGCCCCUGGCAGCACAUAGCAGCAGAUGUGUGUGAGCAUGAGAGAUGGAAUUAUCUCAUUGUGACUGACUAUUAUUCCCGAGACAUUGAAAUAGCCCGUUUACCUUCUAUGUCCAGCUAUGAUGUCAUCAGCCGACUCAAAGGCAUGUUUGUGAGGUGGGGAAUUCCACUGGAACUGGUCAGUGAUAACGCUACUCAGUUUACAUCUUCUGCGUUCCAGGACUUCUGUCAGGAGUAUGGAUUUGUGCACACAACUUCUAGCCCCCACUACCCUCAGGCGAACGGGGCCGCAGAACGGGCGGUUCAGACUGCCAAAAACAUUCUGAAGCAGCCAGAUCCACACCUUGCUCUGAUGUGUUACAGGGCGACUCCUGGUGCUGCCACAGGCAUGAGUCCUGCUUUACUUAUGACUGGAAGAGAGAUUCGAACUACACUUCCCAUGCUUGAGAGGAAGUUGCAAGCCAAUCCAGUGGACAGACAACAGAUUCAACUGAAGGACGACCAGACAAAGUCAGCUUAUCGAUUUUUUCAUGACCGUCAUCACUCUGCACAAUCACUGCCGAUACUACAUCCAGGACAGGACGUCAGGAUAAAGUUGGAUGGGGACAAAGGUUGGAAAACCCCAGCAAGAGUCAUCGCMAAGUGCAAAGAGCCACGAUCUUAUUUGGUCGAGACAGAGAAUGGAGCUGUGCUGAGACGGAAUAGAAGACACCUGCAAGCUGUYCCACAGCCAGCUGAACAGCCGGAUCACAUGCAGUCACCUUGUUCCCCUGCAAAACCUGCCAGUGACUUUUCACCUGGAGCUUGUUCUGGCCCCAUGGCAGGAAGCCCUGUUCAGAGACAAUCGAGUCCAGCGAGAGAAGGUUCCACUCCUGGGAAAGGUUCACAGAUUACAUCCAAGGGUAGAGUUGUGAGAGUUCCUCUCAGAUAUAGAGACACUUAAUUAUUAUUUGUAGUCCUCUAUUGCAUGUGUUCAGAAAAGUAUUGAGUUUACUCUACUGCUAAGUUUAAGGUUAAAAGGACAUAUUUAUGUUACAUUUUUUUCAAGGGGGGAGGGGAAAUUGAGAUUAUAUUUGAUUUCUAUACAGUUCACAUGUAUGUUGUGUUUUGGCCUACAUUCUAAAAGGAAACGAAGGACUCUUAAAACUGUUUAUAGUAUUGGUAGGAACAGCAACUGUUGAGGGCAGAAUAAUCCCUACGUUGCUGUGGACUGAGGGAAGUCUACCCCAAAGUCCUAGUGUUCAAAAA